AUGGGGACCCAGGGUACAGGACGGAAAAGAUCCACCAAGAAAGAGAGGUCCACGGCCGAGGACGAUGCCCUCAACCUCAUAGCAAGAGAGGUGAGUGGGGGACUUAGUCUGAAGUUUGUCCAGGGACUGGUCAAUGACCCCAAAACCUACAUAGUGAUAUAUUUUUGUGCUUUGGAGACGAUUUAGUGACCCAGUUAAAUGUCCCAAAUCCGAAUUUAUCCAGAAUUUAAGAAAAAUCCCUCUUAGUGAUUAAGUAAGGCUAUUGAAGUACUUAGGUUUACAAACAAACAAACAAAAAGCCUGUUGGUAUCUCUGUAUGCCAAAUUCAUGAAGAUCCCUGAAUGUCUACGGAAGCCACAAGUGGACAUCCAUCCAUAUAUUCAGGUGAUUAAGGUCUUUUCUAAAUUAUUAGCAAUGCGGGUGUUUUUUCAUUCUUCUAUACAUUUAAGGUUGGGCAGGACUUGAUACUAACUUUUUUCACAAGGAGCACAUGUGUUCCUAAGUUAAAAAAGUAAGGCGCACACAAAGAAUUUUUGGGGCACAAUGAAAAUGGCCGAUUUAAUCAGCAAUAAAUUGGUCGGCCCUAGAUAUCAGCCUUUUUUGAAAAUAUUAACCAAUUAAUUUGCCGAUUUUUUGAAUUUUUUAUGAAGCUAUAAAAAAUACAUAUAUACUGUAGAUAUCUACAGUACACUGUAGAUAUCAAGUAUGCUAUGUACUGUAGAAAUACUGUAGCGCUGCUGUUGAUAUUCAUGAUUCAUGAACCUCUGUAACAAUAUCAUGAAUACAUGGGCAAUUUAAUGCAACCUUACACAACAACUCCACUAUAAGUUAUAUUUUCCAAAGUUGAGUUUUGUUGACAUGGUCAUGAGUAGGUGUUUCUAAUGUUUUGCCUCGCUUGUGUUUGUUUGUUUAUGAAUUGGGCAAAAUAUUAGGAACACCUUUCAAUAGAACACACGUAAUAUAGUAUACUGGGUGUAUUGUAUUAGGUAUUCUGUACCAGAGAGUGACCAAACAUUGCCACAGCUCCUACUAACUGUGGUCAGGCAUUUUAAUAACCAGGAGACUGCAGCACAUCAAAUACAGAGCGCUGCAUUCCCUUAAAUUUACGCUAUAUUAGACAUGCCUUCCUCCUUGCAUGCCACAUUAGUAGCACUUUUCUGUGUCAUUACCUAUUUUAGUGAACCUGAAACAAACUGUUGAUUGCUUGCAGCUAUCUACUAUAAUCCUAUUACAACUGUGUUGAAAGAUUGCGUCAUAAAUGCCCUAAUAUUAUGUCAGCUCUGUUAAGUCUGGGUGAAAAAGCUGGUUUUCCCAUCAUUUUAGAUCUAGUUCUGGUUAUCUUAGUACAGUUUCCGGUAUAUCAGAUUAAUCUAUGGCUGUAUUUGGGUAAACAAAGCUGGAUUUCCAGUUGGGACAGAUUUAUUUUUCACCUUAUGCUAGGGUUAAAAAGCUGGUUCUCCUUUUGUAAUGGAUUUAUUCUUGAAGCUGGUAUUCUCAGUAUGACAGAAUUAUCAUGGUGAGGUUGGUCUUCUUUUGAUGAUUAGAUCUGUUUGUCGUGGGAAAACCAGUUUGCUAUCCAAGAAAAAUCAAUUAAGAUCUUAAGAAAACAACUGAAAAUGACUCAUGAGUCCAACAUUUAAAUGACACACUGCAUGAGGGAAAUGGGCUAAAUUAAAAGCAUGGGCGUGUGUCUGCUUUGGGCUUCCAUAGAAUUUGCAUGCUUUGUGAGAAGCUUUAAAACUCGCUGUUCUGCGUACCUUUGGUUCCUUUGACAAUAUGGUAUGAAAAUGAACUUGUAGAGACUGGAAAUGUGCUUGACAUCCACCAGAUAUUAUCAGUAUGUAACGGCUGUUUGGAACACAGUCAGGUAAAUUUAUUUACAAAGCAUGUUUGAACAGGAGGUAACCUGAGUUUUAAGAGAAGAACAAAAGACUGAGGAGAGUUGUUUUGUAGGUUAUAUGUCUCUAACACUUCGUCUUGGUUGGUCCAGUCAUUGCAAGAGCUAAAAGUUGGCUAAAAAAUGCACAAGACGGAUAAGAGAGUAAAAAAGUGAUGGCAUAUGCUAAAAUAUGUUAAAAUUCCCAGUCCCUAUAAUAGGAUAGUUUAUAAUUUACAUGAACAUUAUUUAUUGCGCAAUUCCCCAAAUAUGGCAACUUAUCCAAGUGAUAUUUUUAAUCAGUAUAUGGACCACACCACUGACUGUUUAAGUGACUCAGUCGGCCAUGAUAACUGUUUUUAAAUCCCUCUCUGUGCUCUGACUACAUGGAUUACAGUAAUGAGGUGUCUCCCAGUUUUGUGACCUGGAGCUGAUAAAAAUGGUUUUCUUUACUGAGCUACGAGCCUUUCAUGUGCUAACAUGCAGGAAGUGUUGGGCUUACCCUGGAUGAUGCAAGACUAGAGUCAGCAGCAGUUGUUUUCUAAGGGGUGCCGAAGUCAUGUUAUGACAGGUUUGCAAUGUUUCUAAUAGUGUUGUUUUGAUGAUUCUGGAGCGGAAUAAAAAUAAUGAAGGUUCUGUGCCAGGAGUUCAAUUUUAGGUGUGGUACUCUGCACACUUUGGUCUACAUUCACGCCUCUUAGCUGUGAAACACAAACACAAACUGAGUGUCUGAGUCUUGUAUCACUGUUAAAGACAAAACACAAAGCAAACGCUGACUUCAGUAGUUGUGGUGAAAUUCUGUGAACCCUUCUAUGAGGAAGUUAUUAUAUUUGUGAAAUACUGCAGCUCCUGCUUGGCCGAGGAAAAACAUCAUCUUCAUUGUGUGUAUGAUCAAAUUUAAGCACAUAGAACUUCUAAACCUAAGAAAUUCAAGACAUGACACAGCAGAUACACACAACAGCCUCUUAUUCACACAUUUCUAAUAUUUCCAGUUACUGUCUCUCUGUUUUAUACAACUUCACAGUCAUUUUUCUGAAGUACAGGUAUAAUUGUAGAUGUAAAACAGAGCGGAUUAAAAGAAUUCAGUCGUCAGGUCAUGGGAAACUAGCUGGACUUAUUUUGACAACAGCUCAAAUCCCUGAAGUCUUUCCAAAGAGAGCUGGAAAACAGGAAGAAACACUGGUUUGAAUGCCCUGUACUUUACUUGUUGGAAAGGAGGAAACAUUCAGGGGUAAUCCAGCUCAUGGCAGAGACUCUGUGAACCGUUUUUACUGAACAAAUCUUAACCUAAAAACAGAGAUAGUGAGGCAGCUCAGCUAGCAGCCCCUCCAGAACCAAUGUCCCACAGAAAAGGGUCAGAAAACGUCUUUGUUUUUAAAGUAAUGAAGCCUUAAAGAUGUGUGAAAUAACCUUUUAUUGCAUGUUAAAAACUAUAGUUUAAAGUUUCGGCACAUUUCACAUUUCUAAUAUGAUCAAACCCUGCUUUGAUUUUGUGUUUUAACCACCGAAUAAAUGAAUGAACUACUUUCUCUAAGCCGUCGGCCCAGAUUGAGGUUGGCUCCGACAGACUCGACAGGCAUCAGUUGGCAGGGUUUUUCUUCUGUGCUCACCACACCCGGACGUUUCAGUAAAUUUGCAUGCCAGACUUAACUGUCAGUCAUCAUUUUCCGCCGUGAAUGUCCCAGCUACCGACGACAGACCUGCAGACAUUUUCCUUCUUCUUGCUGUGCUGACUAUUUACUCUGCUGUGGUGUAUCUGAGGUUGCACAUUCUUGCUCCUGGCAAUCAUUUCGUGUUGUCGUCUAUUCGCAGUGGCAGGAAUGUUAUCAGGCCAAGGUUACAGAAGAGUUUGACUGAGAUUGUGCUCACUGAGUCAGCAGUCGAAGACUUUCUAACAGUAAAUGAAUAAAUCGUCAGAAAGCAAAACUUCAACGUAAAACAACAAUAAUGACCAUGAAGGGGAAAAAACUCUGUGCCUUUAAGGAGCAGGGGGGUCAUGUCCCACACUGGCAGUGCUCUGACAGGAUGGUAUGUCGGCCCUGAUGAGUUGGCCCAUUCUGCUGAAGAGUUUUAAAAAUAGACCCUCCUGAAAGAUCAGCUGUUGCUGCACCCCAGUUUUAGAUUUGGUCUGUGGGUGGGGGAAGGGGAGGGAUGUGGCUGAGCAACUGUCCACCCCAUCAGCAUGGAGACAUGGGAGCAGAGAGUCGCUUCUUUGAACCGUUAGACAGUGCCGCUGCAGGGAGGUGGAGAAAUUGUCUGAAGGCGGUGAUAGUUUCGGAUCGCUGGUCCAUCAGCGCGCUGUUGUUGUUUAGUUCUCGACAUCCUGCAGGCUUCGGAGAAACUAGAUGUUGUAAACCUGACUUAGUUGAGACCAAAGGGCAGCAGACCACACAGCAGGAAAGAAUGUCAGAGCAGAAUACCAGAGCAUUAGUGUAGCUGUACUUUAGGGAGUUGGUACCCUACACAUGUCAGAUAGCUUGAAUCCAGUUGUAAACAGUCAUUUGAAGUCUGAAACUGGCACACCGUGGCUGACCCGAGCUGCUCCGGCAUUGUUUUAAAAUAUGAGGCAGCACUGACUGUAUCACAGCUGUGGUAGCAGGACGCAUAAUAACCAAGGAAUACUUUGUUUGGUUACAGACAGUAAAAGCUAGGGCCUGACCAAUAUGGAUUUUUUGGGGCAGAUGCCAUUACCGAUUAUCAGGGGGGGAAAAAUCUGAUUAACAAUUAAUCGGCCGAUUCUUUUAAAUUUUUUAUGAAGUUAUAAAAAAUAUAUAUAUAUAUACUGUAGAUAUUGUAGACUACUGCUCUUCAUGCCCACUUCAACUACCCACCCCCCACCCCCACGUCUUAAUUCACGUUACUCAUUUCCGGUCUCAUCUGGAGACAUGCAGCUGCCUCAGUGAGAGUUCGAUUAGUCUCAAACGGGCAAAAAUUGGCCGAUUUAAUCAGUUCGUCGAUAAAUCGGUCGGGCCCUACUUUAUAAUGAGUGAUACAGUUUUUUCUAUCACCGUCUAUCAGUUCUUGUUUACUUGACCUGAAACGCCAAGUUUUGAGCUUUAGGAUCAAAUUUCAGACUGUCUGACUGUUAAUGAGUUUACUCAGGAUUUCUGGAACUUUCCUCGAUUGUUUGUCUUUUGGUUUAAGAGAAAAAAAUACGUGUUCCUGUUUGUUGAAGCAGUCAGCUGUUGGAUUAAUUCUGAUGAGGACGCCAACUUUUUUUAUUUUUGUUUGGGUGAUUAACCAACCGCUCCAUGAAAAGAGGACAAUUGGCCCAAAAGGAUUAAUCAAAUCCCCACAUGCUCCAGCUUUGUGUCGGGGGAUUUUAGCUUGUUUAUUUUUGUCUGCAGAAGUACAUAAUGGAUUCAGUUGUUCAUACGGGGAUCAACAUGGUAUUAUUGGUAUAAAAUGAAAUGAUAGACUUGUAAUAUUAUUUGUAAUAACUUGAAACAGAUGAGAAGUAAAAAUAUCUGAUUCUCCCCAAAUGUCAGUCUUCUUCUUCUUCCUCUGUGAGCUGUUUUAGCUGUUACCCUGCUGAGUGUGACGUCUGCUGUAAACCACAAAUACGAAGCCAAGCGAAGUAAUGACAGAGCGUUCACCCAACACAAACAUUGGGGCUGUGACGGUAUGCCUGCCAGCUAUCUCCUCAGUUGCAGUUUUACCAAUGUUAACACAGCUUGCAACCACCUUAAACAUCAUAAAUUUGAUCCAACAAACUGUUUCUACUGCAGUAUUUCACUUAUAUGUACUGCAGUAUAGUCAGGCGUUAAACCAUCGCCCUUUAUGGUAGAUACAUGUGUUUACCUUAAAGCACAGCCUCAGAUAUUGAUUAUUGCAGCUCUGAUAAGAGUCCUGAUAUAAACUCUCACUGUCUUAAAAGGUAAAUAGUCCAAGUUUGAAUCACACCCAAACAUCACACUGUGUCAGAGUAGGAAUCCAGCUGAUCCUGUUCAUGAGCUCACGCUCGGCUGGUGGAUGUUGUUAAAUGUAAUUGGACAGCACCCUUGAUAAAUAUUGACCAGUAGUUGAGGAUUAAUGUUCUUGAAUGUCUUUGAAAGUCAUAACAAGUGUUUAUCGUACUGACAAAUUGAAGAUACCAGUCAAGGUUGUUUGCUUUUCAAACACACACAAACACACUUUUCUUCACAUAGAAAGUACUCCCAGUUUGGUUUGGAUACUCCCAGUAACACUGCAUUAUAACACACAUUUAAUUCUGGAUUUAUACUGAAGGUGUAACUUGGCAGUGAAACACCACUGUGGAAAAUCUCACUCCUGCACACAGAGGUGCUCUUCAAUAAAAGCUGAAUAUUUGGGAUUGGAAACCUGCAUGAAAACAGGACUGUGGUUUCAUUAUUUUCACAGGACCCCCAUAUUGUCUGUUGACUGGCAAGGGUAUUAGAUUUCAAAGGUGUCCCUCUGGACCUGGUUUCAGAUGUCUGUGUUUGUAGCUAACCAAGAUGAACAGCCUCUGGGUACAUCCAGAAAACUGACAAAGAGGGGGAGUUUAGGCUCGCAUUGCCAUUUUCUCCUGGCAGAUGCAUCUUAUCUGCUUCAUUAUACAAAUCCAUGCAUAUUACCUGGUAUACACCUCCCUGACAGUGUGAACAGAUUAACUAAUUAGCCAUUAAAACCAAAUCUCACACAUUUGCCUCACAGUGAAGCAUCCCCUGUCUGCUCAACCUCUCUUAGGUUCAAGUGACGGUCAGUUGAGACAUUUUCAAAUGCUUGUCUUUUGAGAGGACUGUGAAGUCUGAUGUCUGUGCUGAAAGCUGCCGUCAGUGUUGACUCUGGACGGUGAGCCGCUGUUGACUUUUCACAGAAAUGGUGUCAUCAGAUUUAGUCAGGAUUUGCUGGGAAGAGAAUAAAAGAUUACGUAACAAAAGAGUAAAAUGACAGAUUUGUGUUUUAAGAGUGCUGCUGUGAACUUUAAUCCUCAUUAUUUAAAUUGUGUUACCUCAAAAUAAACUGAAGCAUCUCUGUUUGUUUUAGUAGCAUAUGUAAAGUUUCCAGUAGGUGUUGCUGUCCUGUUAAAAAACCUGUUUUGUUUGCAUGAGUUCAGGGGCGCUAAACUGGGGAUUAAGACCCCGUACUGGUUCAGGGUCUCUGUCAGAAACUCAGUGAAGCAGAAGGGAGAAUCGGUUAUUUAGAGGAGAUUAGUCUGGGGGUUUAUUCUGAGAGCAGCUUGUGUCAUGAUGGAGCAUUUCAGCAGAUACUGACUGACUGUUUUCUAGCAAUAAAGCAAACUACUUUUAAUGUAUCCCUCAGUAAACCAAUGAACACGGCUGCACAAUGGUGCAAUGGUGAGCACCAUUCCUACUCAGCAAAAAGGUUCCUACUUGGAGUCCAUGUGCGUGCUUGAUAUUUCUCUUUGAGCACUGUGGCUUCCUCCUAUAGUCAUAAAACAUGCUUAUAAACAAAAACUACUUCAUUAAAUUGGGAUUUUAUACGUGCAGUCGUUAUUUAGUUAGUCCAGUGAAAGGCUGAGGAAAAAAAGAUGUGCAACAUGUUAUUGGAGGUGUUUGAAUCAGCUGUAGCACUUUAUUUUCGACAUGUUUCUGAUGUUCAGUGUGAUUUAAUUUAAAGUUUUUUCUCCCUCAUUCAUCAUUUUAACUAACCCUAUAAUUGCUUUUAAAUUAGCUCCAACUUAUCUGAUUUUCCAAGUGAUGUGAAAGCUUUGUGGGCAUGUAAAUAACCUUUUGUUGCCGUUAUAAUGCGUCCCAGGCAAUUUUCUUUUUCAUUUAACCACGUGUUUAUUGUUCAUUUUCUCGUUGUAAGAAGAAUUCAAUUAACUGUGUAGCCUGAAAUGCCCUGUAACCAUUUCCGCAUUGUUACGGUUUCUGCAGAAAAGGGGAAGCCCACCAAACAAUCUCCUCUUCAUUUUUGCAGUCAUUCAGAGAACAUGACAGAGAACCACAGUCGCUCCUGCAGCCGCAGCCACGCGAGACGAGCAGCUCUCGUUUACUCGGUGACGGGACAGAUGCUGUUUUGUAAAACUACACCUCUCUUAAAUCUGAGCUCUCGAUUUCAUUCAUAGUUUAAUUGUGCUUCAUUUCCAAACAGAGCAUUUUGAGUCUAACAUACUCUGAUUUAUCAAACAGCAGUACCACCUGAAGAAAACAUUCCCCUGUAAUCCCUCAACAGUCCUGGACCAAACAAUUAACUCGUGUGUUUCCAUGUGGGUUUGGACACAAAAACCCUGGCUCUGGUUCAGCUUCGCCUGCCUGACUCACGUCUCCUUAAAAGGAAGUGGCUCUGUGAGUGCCGACUUCCUCUUCAUGACAUCAUCACUCGCACAGCGACCGUACAGAUUGUUAUCACAAACUCUUUCCUGUUUAUUCGCCAUGACUGAGUUUCUUCCACAGCUCAGGGAGCGGCGUGGGGGGUGGGGCUCGGUGGGAAAGGAGUGUGGGCACCGACUGUGUGUGGUUAUGUGAUUGAAUCGGGAAUAUUUUGGUUUGAUUUGGUUGGAUGCUCUUGAAAAGUGACAGCUGAAUAAGCAGUGAUGCUGCUUCAGGAGACGUAUUAUUAGUAAUGUUGAAACAUUUACUUGCACUGCUCUGGCAGAUUUAUGCUCCUACUGGACAAAACGGUUAUCCACAAUUUAGUCAUUUACUAGAUUUUCAGAUUGGCCUUCCUAACAUAAAUAUUUAGAGAACUAGAUUCCCCUACUUUAAAUCUCUUUUAGAUUAAUCAUAGUCAGUCUGCUACUGUUGUGUUUGAUGAUCUGCCAGUCGGAUUUUAAGUUUAUUUUUCAGUGUGAGGUCUUUUUACUUCAAUUCUUAAUGUAACAGUGUCAUUUCUGACGUGAUAAUGUGUUUAAACGUAUAAUUGCCAUGACUGGAAUCAUUAUAAUCGUAAGGCUUUACACCGUAUUUAAUGUAGUUUAUAGCAAAAUCAUGAAAUAAGUUUACUAAUGAAAUAAAUCCUGGUAAAAAUGACAUCUAGAACAGCUGUUUGACAAAUAAGGCAGGUGAAUUGAUCAGUAUAUAGUGAUAUUGAUUUAAGGCCAUAUCGCCCAGCCCUUAGUCGAGCUACAGUUAACAGCAUUACAUGGACUAAUGUGUUUGUCCCAGUUUACAAGUGCUGCACAAAAAACCUGAUAAAUGACAAAAACAUGUCCACCCACAGUAGGUGGCGACACACACCAUUUCAGCUCGUUACCGUCAGGUCUUUUUCCGGUUUUUGUGUCAAAACAAUUGACAAAAAUGUGUUGGCAAGAGGGAUAUACAUUACAUAAAAUAAUGAAUGUUGUCAUGUUGUCAUCGUCCUCUUCUAUAUUCAGUAACAAACUGCCAAAUCCUCCCCAACGAUGUUUGUGAGUUGAUUUGGGGUUCAGUUGAUUGUAGGGCUGGGCAAUAAACCAAAUAUUUACCGAUACCAAAAUUUACGACAAUAACUGAUGUCAUUUUGCCCAUAUCGGUAUAUUUGUGUCAAAAAAUGUAUAUAUAAAAGUUUGUUUUAGAUGUGUGUAGGUAGGCUAUGGUCUCAUGUCCGUUUAAGACGCUGUCCUACGUCAGAGACGUGACUCUAAACAAAGAGGGAAAGACAGGACGGCUAAAGUAGACGAAGUUAAUGUGGGAGGGGGUGAGCAGCGCGUGGAGCUCAUUAUCGAGGUGAACUGCUUAAUAUAUCGUGAAAUUGAUUUGAGGACAUAUCGCCCAGCCCUACUUGAUUGACGGCUCAAGAUGUUAUUAACUUUGAGUUUUAAGUGCUGCUGCUUUCGCUGCCCAUCUCCAGAGUCCUCUUCUCUAUAUUCGCCUCAUGAAACUCACAAAUCUUAAGGUUUUGCUCUGGUUGAAUCUUCCUCUCUGUGUGCAGAGUCCCUGAAGUUCAGGCCUGUUACAGCUUUCCUCCACUAAACCCAUUAUCCAGGCAUCUCAGCCUCCCUCUCUGCAGCCCAGAAGCUGGGAGUAAACAGUUUAAAUUUGUACCAUAUGAAAGUAGCAUGAAGAAGUAAAUCAUCCUAUGCCACAGAAAUUCCUUUCUGCUACUGAUCUGUUAUUCAACUCACUCACUGAGCUACCUUGGGUAACUUCCUGUCGAGUAUUACUUCUUUCCCAUCAUGCUUUGGUUGCAGUGAGAGUUGCAACAUAAACUAUUACAGCCUGAGGCCCCAUGUUCAGGCUACAAGCAGCUUCCUAUUACUUCCACAGGGGGAAAACAAGGAGGGCUCUGGGUGUAUGGACGAUUGAAAACAUGUGGGCACCAUUGAGAAAAAUAUAAAAAAUGAUGGUCAUGUCUUCAGGUCACAGUCCUGAUGGAGUGACCCACAGUGUCUCUAAAAAGGAAAGCCCAGUGCAGUGUCUGUUUAGGAUUUCCUCCUCUAAUUAUUCACAGGAAUCAUUUAAUCUUCAGGGUAAGACAGCUGCUUUUGUUGGUACUUCUUAAAAUUGUGAUGAAUCGAUUCACAAACUCUGCUGCCUCCAUUGUUUUAUUUCUGGACGUGUCUGAGGUGUGUUAUUUAUUCCUCUCUGGCCUGUUUUCAUCCGCUCUGUUAGUUGCUAACCAGUUUGUUUGUUGUCCUCUACAGCUGUUCGAAGUUUGUGGUGCAGACUUGAGGUUUAGAAAGGAUGUCUCUACUUCUGUCAGUGUGCAUGCAUCCUCAACUCCUGUACACAAAGAGGGAUCAGUGUUUGUGUGGUGGUUUUAUCUCAACAAAUAUGUAACACAGAGAGUCAAAAGUUGCACUUAAAGCGUGCAAAAUGCUCCAAGAGAUUCAUCUGAAUAAUCGAGUUUUAAAAAUAUUCACAAGACCAGACUAGUUUUGCAGAAAUGCACUGGAGACUGUUAAAAAUAAAAGGUAUUCGUAUUUAUUCGCUGUAGUUUUCAUGGUCUGUAUUUGGGACGUGAAACUGAAGGCUGAUUGUGUCCUCUUGUGCACCCUGUUAAAAAGAAAGUUCCCUCUCUUGACUCAUGUCUGCGGCUUUAGCGUGAGCCGAGUCUUUCAGCAGCCACUCCCUUCAAGGCAGCGUUUGGGAGGUUCAUAAAGAGGAAAUAAGCUCCUUUUUUCCGUUAAGUCAUCGUAACCUUCAAUUGUAUCAUAAUCAGACUGUGUGUGUGUGUGGAUCCACUUAACAGUCCCACCUCAUUUCCAAUUCAACCAAACCUCCAGUUGGUCAGAAAUCCGAGUUAUUUCUGUAUGCUGUCUUUGUCCAGCCUGUCAGCGCUCAUGGUCAUUAAAAUACCCGUCCUGCUUUCGGUUGCUGAAGACCGGUAUUCAGGGCGUGGGAACUCAGCUCUCUGGAAACACUGUCAGACCAGGCUGGCAUUUAGUUGUGGUGAUACUUGAAGGCAUGGUGCCCUUGUGGAUUAUCAGUCGAUGACGUUGACAGACACCAGGCCUGCGUGUCUGUCCUCUGCAGUCACCUCAGUGUGGGGAACAUGUCCUGUUUGACCAACAUAAGAAUCCUAAAGAGCUAAAUAAAAGUUUUAAAUUUUCUUCUUGGUCUAAAAUACUCAGAGAUCUUUAACACCACAUGUGCAAAUCUCCUGUAAUAGAAGUUGACCUAAAGUGCUGACUUUGUCUCACUGUCAGACUCAGUUUGCUCUUCAAAAACUCAGAUAACCUCUAAAAGAACAACCCUGGACUCCUCAAAACCUUAUGUGACACAUUUUGGAUGGAAGUGCAUGGAAAUUUGAGGUAAAACUACCACUCUGUUGUCAGUGGAAACUAUGUGAUGAUAAUUGAAGUAGUCCUCCCCCCUCCCUCUGUGCAGGUUACCUCGCUCUCUGUAGCAGACUUACGAUCAGAGGAGUUCUUCCGCAGUUCCCAUAUAUAUCAGUACAUAUGUCCCCCCUGUGCACCAAAUGCUGUUUCUGUUAUAGCAGGUUAAGUCAACAUUUUUAUCAGUACAGUCUGCUGUACCUAAAAAAAAAGGGUGACGUAACGACUGCCUCUAGUUAAAAACAUUCACCAAAACCGUAUCUGUCACAUCUCUUCAGUGGUAUCGUCAAACAUAAACAAUCGUCCUCCUAGAGGCAAAAGAAGCACUCUAAAUAAACUUCUAUUUUUUUAUCCCGAGCAUUAAGUUUUAGCCUGACUUUGUUUAUGUUUCAAAUUUAGACCCUGAAGUAUGUGAUAUUGUUUCGACAGUAUUUUACCAUCUGAGCAUACUAUUGGUUUUAUAAAAAUGCAAGUCAGGAGUAACAGGGAGGGUAAAAUGCUUUAAAUAAAACUCCUCUUUAACUCCUUUUCUAUGUCUCAGCAUUUAACCAUUUCAAACGUCAGCUCAUGUCUCGGGAAUCAUUCUUGUAAUGAACUAGCUCAUUAUCUCUCAGGGGGACCACCACCUUAUUGAGACGGCGCUGAAUUAGAACAGAUUUGAUGAAACCAGGACCAUGUAGGUCAUUAUAAAUAGCAGGAGGGAUGGAGAGGUGUGAGCGUGUCUUUUGGCCCAUUUAGACGCAUCUUUCUGACCAGAGGCUGCUGAAAUACACAGACUUAGAAUCUUAAACAAAGAUGCGCUACAGAUAAAUAUCAUUAGUUUUGAAUAAAGUAAGUUAGUUUUUGUUAGUUAAAGUUUGCCAAUAGUAAACUAUCCCAGUUUGUUUUAAACCAGAGGUGUCUUCUCAGCUUUUUGAGUUGGUCACACAGAAGUCCUACCCAAAAAAAAGGAUGGUUAUGAAAUCAUUCACUCCUUGGCUGGCACUCAAACACUCAGCAUGAACCCUUAAAGUUAAUCAUGACUACAGCCCUGUCGGUCAUGUUUAUGUAAAGACCUUUCACAUUUCUGAAUGCUCACUUCUCUCUUAUAGAAUAACAUUUUCUUUCACCAACACUUCUGGACUUACUCAUGCUCUAUACUCCGACACACCCAAGCUUUUAAAGCAGAAUUUUUACGAUCUGUUCCCUUAAAAAGAAGGUAGGAGUUUUGGGAAAGUUUACAGCUAUCAGUAACUGAUAGUUCAGCCUUUCCUCCUCAAUCUGUGUGUUACAACACGUGUAGUCUGCGUUGGCAUAAAUAAAGUGAUAUUUGAUGAGAGAGUACCUGGGUGAGCCUCCAAAAUAUAUUUGCAAGUAAGUUAGUUUAACUGAAAUGAACUACAUGAUAGAAUCUGAUAACCUGCAGCGUCUGACAAACGCUCGACUCCAGGUGAUCGGAGAGAGUGAGGGAGGCAGACGAUGCAGAUGAAGUAAUAGUUUCAUGUGGCGCCUCCACAGGCCUGAAGCAUUUCCAUUUAAAAAGUCUGGAUUGUCAGUAUUAAUCUUCUGCAGUUUGUAUCAUUUGUUUGAUAUAAUACAGUUUUUUAUUCUGCUUUUUGCACCACUCUUUUUUUUUGUCAUUUGCAGUGCAUUUCUCCUCUGGGUUAUAGUGCAUGACGUGUUUUUGAGUUUGUGUCAUUUCUGCAGCUGACCACACAAUAAUGCUUUCUGGGUUUGGAGAAACCUUAGUUGUACAUGAGGGUAACAGGAAUCCUGUCGUUGGUUGGACGAUUCGGAUCAUGCUAGUUAAGUUGUCAUUUACGGAAAGCUCUAAUUCAGUGUGAUUUACUGCUGCCAACAACAUGCCUGUAAAGUCACGUCUUUAUUCCUGUUUUCUUUCCUCUCACUCUCCAUGUAAACGGGUGACAAAUAGGACUUAGAAGAGCUCUUAACCGCUGAGUUUGUUUUACAGCAGAGAGAGUGAGAAUCAGUGCUUUGUCAUCCUCAGAGUAAAGUGCUCAUGUAAGAGGAGGUCUUCAAGUGCUGCGUUUCUGCUGCUGGAGGCAAAUUGACUGAUGACAUGCCGCUGCUGCUUUCACACUGCAGCUCUGUCACCCCCGAGGGUCGUUGGAGAUAAAUUUCUGUUUAGAGCAAGAGCCGGUGUGUGAAAUUGUGUCAGCGCUAUUAGAGCAUUAGCUUUGGAGAGCUUUUGUGAGCGCGUCUGUCGUCUGAAUGCCACGGGCACGAAUGUGAAGAAUCUGUAGGACAAAGAGCAAUCAUUCACUUAGAGGAAAUGCCAUCCAGGCAGGGAGUGAGUGAACCGCAGAGAGGACAGGAAUCAGUGAGGAGGAGUUAGAUUAUAUUUAGGAAACCGCCUUCAUCGCUCUGAUGAAUGUCUCUGUUACCUGCUUGGUCAGGUGUUUUAAAGGAGUUAUGAAGGAAUAUAUUUAUUGUCCUGUUAGACAUUCACACUCAUCCUUGAAGAGGAGAUGCUGAACAUGCACUCAAAGCUUACUGCAAGGUGUAUAACUCAUAUCUACUGAUGCAGCAACAAGCCCGCUGUUCCCAGGUCACCCUGUUCUGCACUGCUAACACACUGAAAGCAAACUCAGACGGUCAUUGUGGACUUUAUCAUGCAGACUAAGGAGUUUGUUUUUAAAAACUUGAUAUAAUAAUAAAAAAAAGAUGUGACAUGAGUUGUAGUGAGAAAAGGUAAUGCUGCACUGACCUCUAAAGGUAGACCACAGCCAUUAUGGCCGUCAGGUGAGGUCCAGUGUGCUUGUGUUUGCACUCUUCAGUCAAACUCAGAGUUAUGAGCAUGUACAAGAAAUUUAAUAGGCAAUGAUUUUGACUCUGCAGAUUUUGUAGCACUUUAUAACAUGAUUCAAUUAUUUUUUUACUAAAGAAGAAUAAAGUUACCCAACCCCUUUGCAAAGACUUAAUUCUGACAUUCAGGGCAUUAAAACACUAUUAUUAAUUAAUUUAUGAAUGAAAGAAGAAAGACCAGAUUUGUCAAACACUGUAUAAACUAAAGCUGUCAACGUACAGUUUUAUACUGACACACUGAACUUUGUGACGUUUUAAUAAUACUCGUGAUUUUACACAGUGACACAGAGUUGAGACUAUGAGAAGAAAACACAGGACCGACCCAUCUAUGAUGCUACACCUAACUGUCCCCUAUGGUCGAUAAGAGGAAGACCAGCUCCACCCUAAUAUUAAACCUCCACCUGUUACACUUUGUAGACCACAGCAACCGAAGUGUAGACAUCCUGACAAUGAGUAAGAGGCAAUGGAUUGAGAGUAAUGUUUACUGAGUAGUAAAGUCAUCUUCUCAUUGACUUGAAUGGGAUUUUCUUCUUAUUGAGUCGCCCCCUGCUGGGGGAAGAAAGCAAGUUUAAGACAUUUCUGUUCAGGCAGGUGUUCUAAAAUAACAGCACUUUAUCUACUUUUUAUACAUUCUCUACUCUGUUUACACCUCAAACCGACAGUGUGUAAUAGAGAUCUGCACAGACAAAGGUUUCAUUCAUGACACAGUAGGAAGAGAAGAUGUGAGCCUUGUUCGUGGAAUGUGAACUGUAAGAUAAGAUAAGAUAAGAAGAUAAGAAGAACUUUAUUAAUCCCUGAAGGGAAAUUCAAUAAAUAAAGAAAAUGUGGUUUUAUCCCAAAUAAGUUCAGACACGGUUAAAACUUUGUUUCCACAGGGAUUUUUUAGGUGAAGCGUCGUUUUUCUUAAAGAGUAAGAUGACGUCCAGGUCUAUUAUUCAGACUUCCUGGUGGAGGGCAUGCAGCCAGAGUACUUAAAAUUUUUUCUCCUCAAAAUAACAAACAGCUCAGAGUUUAAAAAUGAAGGUGGGGAACUGUCAGAAAAACUGAAUCAAGUCUGUGAAAGGUUAGACUCUUCCUACUUCUCUUCAGAGUGUUUCAGAUGGCUACAUAAAAUUGAACAGAGUCAUGAAUACAUCUCUCUCCCUCUCUCUCUCUCUCUCUCUCUCUCUCUCUCUCUCUCUCUCUCUCUCUCUCUCUCUCUCUCUCUCUCUCUCUCUCUCUCUCUCUCUCUCUCUCUCUCUCUCUCUCUCUCUCUCUCUCUCUCUCUCAUUGUGCUGUCCUGUAACUUGGUCAUAAUGACAGAUAUAGAGGAAAUGCAUUCAUGCGUUGGUAGGAGGGAUCACAAUGACCCCGCCUAGAGGCAAACAGACUCGCUGCAACCAUGCCGUGUCACCACAAAGUUAGAGGAAGGAAAUGCUUACACACACACACACACACUCACACACACACACACGCUGUGUAACGCACACUCAUACAGUACACACUCAGAGAGAGGUCCUUUUAAGGAAAAGGUCCUGCUCCUGCCUGAGAGCUGAGUGGAGCAAAGGCAAUGCCUUCAGAUUCAGAAAUGAAGACACACAUGUUCACAUGAGUGUGUGUCUGCAUAGAGUCUGAAGAAGCAGAUCUUCUCUCCUUGUAAAUCUAGUCGACUACAUCUGUUUGGAGUUUGAAAGACAUCUGAUACUCUGUUUUUAUAGAUGCUGGUAAUCCACUCGACAUAACAACAACAUGUUCUAUGAAGACCGACAACCUCAGGGUGAUGAUUCAACAACGUUACUGCUGUACCAGUGUCCACAGGCAGGGGUGUUUUAGCUCAGUGUGAGGCCAUUAAUUUGAGUUUUUUAGGAGAAUCCAUAAACCUUUAGUAAAAAUGUUGUGUAGAUUUACGUAUCAAGUCAACGCGUAAGUGCAAAAACUGUGUCUUAGAUAUUGAAUAUAAAACUACACAUGUUGUCCAUCAGCUUUGAUAACAUUUUCAAGAUUAGACGCACAAACUCUGACGAAUAUAUCUAAAAUGAAGUUUUUAUUAUUUGUUGUUGUGUUGAUUCUCGAAAAAUAUGUCUGUUUUCAGAACAGUAGUCCAGUCAAAUUGCCUCGUCCAGCUGUAACUGCAGGUUUCAUUACAUUUCAUUUCAUAUACUUUAUUCUCUCUGAUGGUUCUGCAGUCGUAAGAGGAACAGCAACAUUUACAAACACACCACAGUCACAACCUGUUGAGAUCACAUUCAAACGGCCCUAUUGCACAGUUCCAGUGAAUAAAUAGAUAAAUAAAUAAAAGACAGUUAAGAGAGAAGUCGCAACUACAGAUUGCCUUGUCUGUGCGUGUAAACUGACUAAAUGUUGUUUUUUUCUUUUAUAUGUAAAGGUAACGAAUCUUCAGCUUUGUUUUUUUUCUACUGAUUUAAACAGGAUUUUGACGACAACCUGAACCCACAGUGGAAACCUGUGUGGAUCAUAUUUUCAUAAACCUCCUCAAAUCUAUUAUAGGUCUUUAUUCCCCAGGAAUUUAUGUUCCUUCUGCUUUUCUCGAUAAUUUAGGUGUGUACCCAGCUCAAUUGGCCGCUCUCUCACUUCCCUUUGUUUUGUUUCCUCUUUCUCUCUCUCUAUUUUUUAUCCACUUGUUUUCCCAGGCCGAAGCCAGGCUGGCGGCGAAGAGGGCGGCCCGGGCGGAGGCGAGAGAGAUCCGGAUGAAGGAGCUGGAGAGACAACAGAAGGAGGUAGAGUAUAAGUUGAGAGGAGCAAGAACAUACAGGUGACACCUCCUGGUCUUUAGGCUGAAUCCAGAGAAGGAGGUCAUCAUGUUAAUCCAGCGUGAAUUCAUCUUCUGGGGUAAGAGGUCAGGGGGUUGACGACAUGAUGCUGCACUUUCCUCCUACUUCACAAACAAAUACACAAACAGGUGCUGCUGUAAAACGGUGUGUGUGUGUGUGUGUGUGUGUGUGUGUGCGCUCAGUGGUGUAUUAGUCGAGUUUUUCUUGUUGAGCAACACUGAUCAGACCCAUGGGGAGUCCUGCUCACUAUUCUUAGCAGGUAGUAAUCCCAGACACACAAACAGACUUCCGCCUCUCACCUGUUGAAACCAAACUUAUUAAGGUUGUCUGUUUUCUGUGACCAGAGAGGAUUGGGAUGCUAAGACCCCUGGAACUCUAAUUAGUCGUAUACCAGGUGGCCGAGGUCGUAAAUCUGUUUGAACUUUCUCAGGUCAGCCCCUCCUGUGACCUGAAGAUAUUUGCAGUCGGUGUAAGUAGCAGGAGAAGCUGUCUGACGGGAGAAACGCAACAACGUUUUUGAUUUUUGUUUUAAAUGAAAUAAGAAAUUAAGAAAUAAUUCGAGUGGAAUUCACAGAUGAAGGAGACUGGUUUGAUUCUCCAGGGUUGGAAAAACUCCGGCCUCUAUUUUGCACUGAUGCAAUUACAGACUUUCUUUUAGCAGUGUGCACUUUGGCCCCUCCGUUUACCUGGAUUAAGACACAACGUAAACAACACUCACAAAACAAACAGAUGGCAGUGUUUUCCACUUUUGUGAGGGAAGGAUUUCACAGCCAACUCUGUGACUGUCUGACUCCAAAAAGAGGAAAUCUUGAAUAUCUUACUUUUUUAUCUUCAUAAAUAUCUGAUCUAUUAAGGAAACUAAAUUAUGAAUAUAAUCAGAACAAACUCGUCUCUCCUCAUGGUUCACUGGGAUUAUAAACACUCAAUCACAGAGUCAUCAAACAGAGGUGUGAAAGAACAAUCGACAUGUACACAUCCACAUUUGCAUACACACACUCAGGUCAUACACACUGACUGGAUUAAUGCUCAUUGUUAAGCUAAGUGUGUUCAGAGGUUGUGUGUGUACAUGUGUGUUGGCGUGCAUGCCUGUGUGUGCCAUAAACCCUUUAGCCGAGUUCUAAAGUAGCUUAGCGGGUUGCUUCGUGCCCCAGCCUGCAGCGGAGGAGUUGUUGUUGUUGUAGUUGUUGUUGCCGUGUUGUUGACGUGAACUAUGGGUUGCUGGACUCACGACGACCUCCGGGACUUUUGGGAGUUUGCUCACACGGUUGAACCCGGACUUAAAGGUGGAUUAUCGGCGGUAUAGCAGAAUAACGUGCUGGUGCUUCUGUCGCUCUGGGCCCAAAUCUCAGUACUUCGCUCCAUUGUGAUCCUGCCUACAUGACCAGCCGUGGUCUCACCGGCUGACCGCCGGAGGAUGCAACCUUUUCUGGAGCCUUGAGGGCAGCAGGACGGCCGGGCGUCGGCUGGCGGGGAGGGGGCUGAGGGCCGCCCUCUCUGGGCGCCCAGGAACCCCUCCAAUCAAAAAGGGGAGCUUGGUGAGUGGGAAAGAAGGGGUGCAAACAUGUAAGCUGAUUGUGUAACUGAGAGGGAGCUUAUGACGACGUCUGGUUUCUUCUAAUUGGUUGUCCAGACAUGUAAUGAGAGACAAAUAAGCGAUCGAGAUCCACCAACCAGUUUUUGGCCUUUUUGGUAAAUUAGUUUUCACCUGUCAGCUUUAUUUCCUUCAAUCUAUAUCUGUUAGCAGAAGCAGAAAUCAGUUUCUGUUUGCUUUUAAUCAACAGUUUAUGAAGGCAGAGAUGUUAAAAUCUCAUAUAUGUAGAGCUUCAUGGAGCCCUCGUAUUAUUUUCAUCACUUUUUAAAUCUUUUAUUUACUCAAAAGUCCAGAGAGAUGAUUUGAUUUGGCUCCGAAACAAACUGUAACAGAAUUAUUUUGUUGAAACACACAAACAAAUGAGAUUAUCAGCGACAAGAUUUGUUGACUUCUCCAUCGUUGUUAUUCUGGAUGUAUGAAAUCGACCUGAAAUCCUGCAGAAAAUGACAAACAGAGCACUGUGGGAAAAGCUUUCACAUUUUCAUUAGUAAAUAUACUUGUUAAAUAAUACAUGUUGUGAGUAAACCUGAGAUUUUGUGGGGAAAAAGAAGAACAAAGUUAGCACAGAGAUAAGAGGUAUUGCUUUGUCUACAUCCAAACUUAACUCAAACCCAAAUUCCUGACCGGAGCUUUAGGUGUUCAGUCAGCGAAGAACUUUAGACUCAACUCAUGACACUGGCGCCUCACAGAUGUCACUAACUUUAAGUCAUUUAAUCAUUAAUAUUAUUUUUCAUGAGUAUAGUGAAAACUCUUGGCUUUGAAAUUUCUUAAAAGUGGGAAUCUCUCAGACACUUGAGGAACUGCAUAUUUUUGCACUUCUGUAUCGUCCUCAUUUCUGAAAACUGUCCUCUCAGCGCUUGAUCUGACCUCUGCAGUUCAGUUUUAACUGCUCAGACGAGAGGGUGACUAUAUGGUGCUGCAAAAAGUCUGAGUCUGCCACUGUUGGUGGCAGGGACGUGACCUUUCAUCCGGACCGAACCUAUAAGUCAUGAUCAGUGGCCUGAUCAGUGUCGAAGAGUACUUGUUGUUCCAGGAGUGUCACAGAGGUCAGAGAGGUCAUCAGUGAGCCCAUCCCUGAAAGUACAAAGCAAUCCAGUCCAGAUAGUGGGCAGGCAUACAGGACAGACAUUAGUAGUAAAUCUGGAUUAAAGCUCUCGCUCCAUGGUUUGAAAAGUGCAGCGGUGUUCGGUGUGUUUGAGAGCGCUGGGUAUUUUCAGCAGUGGUCAGGAAGCACAGACAGGUUUUAUAAAUAGUUAAGAAAAUCGAACAAUCAAAGACUUUCGCUCAAAUAAACCUCCUAUAACACAGUAUUCACUUAACUCUCCUGUCUUUGAAUGACCUACAAAAGCAAACCAGAUCAUCAGUGGGAUGAUUUUCUAUUUCUAUGCAGUUAUUUUAGUGUCAUCAUCUCAUCAGGUUAUUAUGACAAAGCCAUUUCCUGCACGCACGCUGUAGAAGUCUGUGUUUCCUCUGGACAGAACAAUACCAGCAGAAGCGUAAAGACAUGAGCUUUAAAAACAGACAGUGACUCUUCACAGUGAUGUCCUGCCGUCUCUACAUAUACCUCCAACUGACCCCUCACAGCAGAAUCAGGCAUUCGGAAUUAUACUAUAGUAGUGAUUGAGGUUGUUACUGGUUGUCUUGAUUCACAGGGGCUUUAUUGACAGAUUUCUUGUCUCUAGGGUCCGUACAGGUUUGUGUAAAUGUUAUUCAGAUCUUUACAAUCCAGUUUAAACUUUGAGAGGACCCUUCAAGAAAGUCAACAAAUACGCAAACUCAUGGAAAGUAUGACAUUUAGCAUUGACAGCUCUUAAUCCUGUGACUCUGUAAGUUUGGGGGCUGAUGUGAAGUAACAGGUCGGGGCUGCAGGAAGGUCAGUUUAGCACCAAAAUUAGCUGCAUUAUGCGAGGUUGUCCCUGAAAAAGAGCUCUCUGGAUGGCAGCAAAUGUUGCUUAAACCUGUAUAAACCGUUCCGCAGUAAUGGAGCCCUCCUAGACAGGUAAUCUACCCAUGUCAUUGACACUUCAGCAUCACUACACCAUCAUUGAACUGAGUGUCAAUGACAGACUGGGUUGUCCCUCCUUCCCUUUACUGCAGAAGGCCUGAAAAUCACCUCCACUCAGUGCUGAUUUCAUGUCUGGUACUGCAGAUGAUGAAAUACCCAAAUUUCAUUCUGCACUCUAACACUGAAGGACUUCAGCACCCUUCUUGUGCACUAAGUUCUUACUCCUUGGCAUAAAUCUCUAAACCUCUGCUCUAUUUGGACACCAAGGCUGAUUUUGGUUCCUGGUACCAGGAAGUGUCAGGGGCUGUUUGUCACAAGACUUGGAUCUGCGGUCAUGGGAACAUAGACCUGAAUGUGACACCGGUACACCGUAGAUUUCUGCCAACCCGAAAGCAUGAUGGGAAAGUGCUCUCUCUCUCCCUCUCUUGUGGGCGCAGUGAUUUGUACGUUUUCUUGGGUCACUUGCUGUCGGUCCUGGGAGCAGCGGGGUACUUCACAUUCCUGAGUAGCUCUCAUUAGCAGAAACUCGUUUCCUCUUGCAUGCUGUCUGUCUGUCUUCAUCACUGCCUCCUCCAGCUGACUCUGCCGAUUUUAUUUCUAUUUUUGUUUCAUUUGUAUUUUUUUUCCUUUUCCUGUCUUUCUUCAUGUUCCUGCAACCUUUGCCCUCUUCCUCUCGUCGGUGUUGGUGUAUAGAUCUUUCAGGUGCAGAAGGUAGGCUCCUCUUCCUCAUUUCCACCUUGUCGUCCAUUUUAUUCAAACAUUAUUUAAUAAAUCAAGAUUGUUUAAUCGCGCCCAAGAUAUACUGCUUUAUUAUGUGUUUGAAUGUUUGUUUUCUUGCCCUCCUCUUAGAAAUAUUAUGGCUUGAACACCAAAGUAGACGACCGAUCAGACAGCAAAUGGGGAGAUAUUGAGCAGUGGAUGGUACCGUUUCUGCGUUGACUAAACCUGCAUGAGUCUGAUUUUACAAUUUGAUUUAAUUCCUGUUGAGCUAUUUUGGAAAAUAAGAGAUUAUAGGGAAUGGGAGCUCGGACAUUCACGUUAAUCCACUUAUUCAGAGGAGCAGGGUGCCUGUUUGGCUUUGACUCAGCAUGACCAUCUGGCCUCUUGGUGUGAGCCCGCAUGAGCUUUACCGCGAGUAUUUACCACUUUAGUGACUGGUCUUAACCUACAUACACUUUUAGGCGCUGCAGCGAAGAGUUUUGGCGUGUGAGUGAGUCACUGGAACUCCGACUGAACUAACCACCGUGUGUUUUUGUUUAACCGUAGUAAUAAACUGUCAGUGUGCUGUAAUUUGGUUUGACGUUGUUUGUGCAACAUGGGUGUCUCUGUGGUUUCUGUCUGAUGUUUUUGAGAUCAUGAACUGUUUCACUUUUCUGUGGAGUUAAAAUUAUCUGAAGGGAUUAAAUCUCGACAAGUUUAUUCAAAUUAGACUAAAAAGAAAGCAUUUAAUUCAGCGUCUGAGUUUGUUAAUGUGUGUUCAUUUUCACCAAAUACCUUUUGGCUAAACCAACCCGCAAUCAGGACUGCACCCGUCAAUUCAGUCACAUCCCUGCUGAUUAAAUAUAAAGAGUCAAACAAAAACUAGAUCUCAGUUUUGACCCUGAACUACUUUUUCUUCCCAGUUCUGGUGUUCGAAGUCUUGACACCAUCUAAUGUCAUGAAAGGCUGAUGGUCACACUCUUUACCGCCAACAAUCUUAACUAUGACUGCACUGUGUGAUAUGUUUGUCGUCAUUUUCACACUGAUUUUUGCAGGUUCUGGUGAAUACACACCUUUUUUCUCUUCUGUAAUAAGAUUGACUUCUUCCUCUUUUUGUGAGGGUGUGUUUGAUUUAGAAACGAGACAAACUCCAUUUGAUUCGGCUAUCGAAUCGGUUUAAACAAGCUUCCCUAAUCUUAACAGAACAGUGACUUUUUCUGUAUUUUAUCCAUUUUUGUCUCUUUUUCUUGUACGUUUGCAGAUGAUUUAAAUCCCCACAAAUCCUUGACUCUUUGAGUGCAGCUCUUCACUUUUCAGACUGAAUCAACACUUUUUGGUUUCGAUGAACACAUGAAACUAAACUAGUUUCAAGACUUCCCAAAGUCUCCGUACCUUUAGCUGUUGUUGUCACCCUCUCCAUUCCUCUGUCACCUUAACCUCUGACGUCUUCUCUUCCUCAUUCGUAUCCUUCACCUCCUCUCCUCGCCACCUCCUCCCCUCACUCCUCCAGGAGGACAGUGAGAGAUACUCACGUUCUUCACGGAUACACACGGUUUGUAGUCCUCCCUCUGUUUCCAUCCUUUUUUCCUUUUUGUUGGUCUUUCCAUUUCAACCAUCGUCUUCUGCUGCUCUGUCGAACACCUGAGUGUCAAAGAUAAAGAUGAUAGUGGCAAAUUAUGCUGAAUGGAGGUUUAAUGUUUUCAGGAAACAGACACCAGCGUUCACAAAACUGAAGAUUAACGACAGUUUCACUAAUAACACUAUUGCUGAUGUUCAAUUAUGUUCAGUACUUUUUGCUCACUAUUUAGUUCAGUUUGUUUCUUUAAGCUGCUGUUAGUCUUUACUAAUUAAAGUUAUACACUUAACUGUAAAUGCUGAUGACUUUUUUAACUUUGAGUCAGGACCAAAUGACCCAGAGACGUUUCUGCUCUUUAACUAUUUUCAGACGCGUUACUCUGAAUAUUUCAGGUACUUUAACGAUCCUUAAACAGCUACAGUUUGAGUCAGGCAUGCUCAGAUUUGUAGUUUCUAAAACACCAGUUAUGUUUCUGGAAAUAAGACCUUAUUAGCUGUUUUUAGUCAUUACAUGAAAUUGCAGAACUUGAUUUUUUUAUUCUUAUAUCUUAAAAUCAGGUCCUACACAUUAAUGUAUCAGCUGAAUGUCUAGAUGUUGGUAUAAAACGUGAAAAUUUGCAGUAAAUGUCGUGUUGCUCCUGCAGGAUUCUUCCUACCUGUUGACGUCGAUCACAGAAUUGACCUGUUUUUUCUCCUGAACCCUAACUGUCCGUUUUCAUGUUUCUCUCUCACGCAGCUCUCUGAUGAAGAUGAGCGGAUGUCGGUGGGAAGCCGGGGCAGUGUCAGGGUCAGUAUCACUCAAACCGCACAGACUUAAAAAAAAAAAUUCAACCACUCUCUUUGAACCUCCAUUCUCCUCUUCUUGUUAUCACGUUUCUUCCCAUGUUGAAAGACAGAGCUUGUCUUUUUGAGUUUGGCUGAUGUUGGAGGUGCUGUGUUGAUGCUGUCAGAGUUGGCGGCACAUUUAUUGAUGCUCUCGUGUCUCUUGCGCAGUCUGAUCUUGAUGCAGUUGGUGCUUACGGUGGAGGGGUAAGGCUUGAUUUGAUUCGAUGACACCGGAUGAGUUUAACCUCAUUACUUAAACUCUUUGUAAAUGAGUUGUUGUCGACUAACAGCCAGUUUGAAAGCAUGAAGUAAACCUGUCUGAACCUCAUUUCGUCAUUCUGCAUAUUUUGUGAUUUAACUGAUGACUCUGGAUAAACCUGAAGACUUCAUUCUCCUCUUUUGGUCACGAUUUCUUUCUGUGGAGGAACAUCGACAGACUUGGAGUCGGUUAGAUUAGAUUUCCGUACAAGAACACAGAGUUAUAGCUAUUCUUAUGCUCCAACCAAAACAGUGUGCGCUCUAUUUUAGGAGCUGUUAUGCCUCAAAAUGUUUGCUGCUGUGUAAUAUGAAAAGAUUCUGCAUACCGACCACACUGAGGAACAAACCAGAUCCAGAAUAUUUGGCUCCCUUUGUUUAUUUUUUGUAUAACUGCAUAUGGACUCACUGUGGGCUUUGGGAGCCUUUACAGUCCGACCAGUACAGAGUUCAUUGUGUUUGUGUGAGCUGUGUGCUUGUUUGGUUUGUCUUUGAAUAGAAGCAGAAAUGUGAUGGUGUUUUAUUGACCGUCAAUGAGCUGCAGAAGACCAGUUUAAGCUGUGGUUUUUAUGUCUUUUGUUUUUAGUUUUACUUUUUUAAAUUGUAGUUUGACUUUUUAUCUUCUUCUGUAGGAUAGUGAUAUGUUUUCAUGGGUAAUUGGUUUUUCAAAAUGUUUCCUGAAGCACUAGAUCUAAUGAGAAGUUGAGCCUAGAGCUGGGCGAUAUGGCCUCAAAUCAAUAUCACGAUAUAUUGAGCAUCUCGAUAACGAUAAAUGGACGAUAACUUCUCCACAAGCUGCUCACCCCCUCCCACUUUUGAACCGUCCUCCAUCUCCUCACCUGUCUUACCCUCUUUGUUACAGACUGAAUGGGGUGGAGUCAUGUCAUGAGACCAUAGCCUACCUACACACAACCAAAACCAACUUUUAUUUAUUAUUUUUUUGACCCAAAAUAUACCGAUAUGGGCAAAAUGACGUCGGUUAUUGACGUAAAUUUCGGUAUCUGCAAAUUUUUGGUUUAUCGCCCAGCCCUAGUCGAGCAUUCUUCUCCAGAAAUGCAUCCUUAUACUUCCUAUUUAAAAACUUUAACUUGCAUGGUUUCAUUCGGACACCAAGAUGCUGCAGCUUCUUCUUUGUUACGGUUGAUAGUUGCAUCGUUUUCUACCGUUUUCUCACUCUUUGCAUGUGCGGUGUGAAAACUACAUCCAGAUUGUUUCCCCCUUCACCGCUCUGUCUCCUUCUCUGUCUCUCGCUCUUAAGGGCUCAUCCUCAAACUCUCUGAAGAAGUCAAAGAAAAAGAAGAAGCACAAACACAAAGACAGAGAUGUAUGUAAAAAAAAAAUUAAACCGUGCAUGAAGAAGAAAAAACCUGCACAGAAACUUGAUUCUCACUCUUUGUCCACAGAGGAACGGCUAUGAUGAUGAGUACAGUGUUAUAUCCAGCAGGGUCAGUAGUUGUGUUGAAGUGAUUGUUACACACAUUUGCAUGAUAGACAACCUUCAGCCUGUCGCUCAUGUCCCUCCUCUUCCUCACGCUGUCAGAGCUCCAGACUCAGCGAUGAGAGCCGAGUGUCUCGCUCCUCCAGAUUAGACCUGACGGUGCGUGUCGCCUCUUUUGGAUCCUUAAUGCUGCUCAGUGUUCGUCCAGAAUAACAUUUAACUUUACUUUGUCUUCAGUGAACUAAUCCUACAACAACGACAUACUCUGAAAAUGUUUCUAGAGGCAUGAGAAUUAUCCUGUCAGAGCUGUCAAACCUCUUUAAACAGAGCUGCCUGAUUGACAUAAAGAGGAUGACAUGUAGUGUUUGUGUUGUUGUUGUUGUUGGUGUUUGACUCUCAGAGCUCCAGACUGAGCGAUGACAGCCGGCUGUCUCGGGCUUCCAGACUUGACCUGCAGCCGGUGGGUGACUCUGCACUGCAGACCGUGUUCUCUGAUACGACUGACAGCCUGAAGUGUUUGCUUUUGUUCCAGAGUGGUGUUGUGUUUAUUCUCAGUCCUCUUUAUAUAAAUAUCAUCUUUAAUGAGGCAUGUCGUGAGUUUAAUUUUUUAAUUCAAGCAGUCUCACACUCAUUGAUGCAUGCGUUGGUCUCCUUUGUAUUGAAUUUGCAUUUGCAGUUUUUUGGCGGUUUACCUAAACUCUCUCAGUGUUGCCCUAUUUUUCUCCUAAUGACUGAAAGGUGAACAAAUUUGGGAUCUCCUCCAGCAGAUUAAGUGAAUUAGGUUGAAAUGGUGCAACAUAAUCCUGCAGCCAAAUCUGAUCGAUCAAAGUACAGCCACUAACAAGGCUUGUUUUUGUCCACUGAGACAUUUUAUUAACAUCAGCAAAGAAUCCUUAAAGAGAAAUAACUAAGGCUGGGCGAUAUGUCCUCAAAUCAAUAUCACGAUAUAUCAGCCGCUACAACUUUUGAACCGUCCUCCAUCUCCUCACCUGUCUUUCCCUCUUUGUUACGGACUGGAUGAGGUGGAGUCAUUUCUUAUACCGAUAUGGGCAAAAUGACGUCGGUUAUUGUCGUAAAUUUCGGUUUCAGUAAAUUUUCGGUUUAUCGCCCAGCCCUAUAAAUAACUCUUUCCAAGGUGAGGAUCUGUGUUAUUUAUGGAGACAGCUGCAGUAUCGCUGUCUCAAAAGCCUGCAGAUCUCGGUCUCUUUGUGAGUCAGGUGAGAGUGAGAAUCAAUAUACUUUUUUUUUUCGUUUUAUGGCCCGAUCUGUGACAACUGUAAGGACGUGCUUUUCAGUGAAACGUCUUCAAUUCGUGUUGAUUUCUUCUUCAAAAAGAGGAACUUUUAAACAGAAAAAAAUCAACCACGAAAGGCGACAGCAGACAAAGUGGAGUCUGAUGGCUCUGCACAAAGACAAGUAAAAGUUUCACAAGAAGGUUUUAAUAUAUUCGAAGAAAGAGUCCAUCUCUGCAAUAAUCUAAUAACAUUCUUAGACGUGUAGAAUUAUAAUCUGCACUAAAUGAAACACUCUUACAGACAGGCACGUUUGAAAGACAUCUUUAGAAAUAGACUGAAAUGAAACCAAAGCAUGCACAGACUCAUCUCUAACCAUAUUGAAUCUUAACAGGUGGAAGUCUCACACUGCACAGAUAGAGUUUAAAGAUUUCCUCCGUGCUCCUUCUCCUGCCUUAUUCCUCUCCUUUCCUGCUGUACUUUUCCCUCAUUUUAGGCUGCUUAUGCUUCCUCUGACUUGUACAGCUUUAACGGUCUGUCCUCCUCCAGAAACCCAGGUUCAGCUUUCAAUGGUUACCAGGUCGGUAUGAAGAAGACAAACUCUGGACAGACAUGUCUGCACAAACUCUGUUUUUUUUUCUCUGUAAGCCUGUGACCUCUCUGUGGAGGUGACACGAUGAAAGAGAACGAGUCAAUUAGCUCGUGUUUAAGUGUUUUUCACUACAUGUCCCAACCUGCUGCUUUGUGAACCUCCGUCUUACUCCUGACUCCAUGUGUUGCAGUUCUGCAGGUCUCUCAGUCAGAUCACGCAGCAGCUCUAUCGUAGGGUUGGUUUCAUUCAGCUUUACCUUCCUUUCUAUAACUUCCACACGCUGUUAUAUAAGACUCGUGAUAAUCACUCGCUCACUCACUCGAGUGUUUGUGAGGACGCCUCAGACUGAACUUGUUUAUCCAAACGGAUUUGAUGAUUAAAUCAAAGGCUUCCCCUUUAAUGCUUCAUCACUUUUAAAUUCACUUAACACUGAGGUCAGCAUCUGCUCAUUGUUGCUCUGGAUGAAGACACAUAUAACAGGCGUGACGUGUCCACUGUCGAAUCAUAAAGCAUGUCGAUAAAUCACACACGUCUUUCUCUGCUCUGAUGACUCUGUUUACUCUUCUGUUUGUGUUUCUGUGUGUGUUUGUGUGCGCUCAGAGCUCCUUAUACGAGGACAGCCUCUGCAGCGGGUCACGGCGAGUCACAAGCUCCUCCUCCUCCCACGUAAGAUCUUCUUGGAAAUCGAACCGUGGCCUUGGUUGCUCGCCACACCAGAGUGGAUGUGUGUGAAAGAGUUUUUUUGUCCCCUGGGUUGUUAAUACGACCGGCUAAACAUAAGUAGAUUUCAUAUUAAUUCAGCGUUAAUGACGAUCUGUUUGUGUGAUGAAACAAUGGGCUCUGUGUGUGGAGUUAGCUUCUGUUUUCUUCAGAUAAGCUCAUUUCUCAGCGAGUUUUGCUGCUUCACGGUGGCUGUUUGGAUUUAACUGUAAUUGGGUCGUAGACUUUUGACCAUAUUUGGAUCAGAAACUGGGUCACUACAGGUGAUCCACAAGUUGGUUAGCAAAUCAAAUCAGUCUGCAUGGUUACUUAGGAGUGUAAUUUUCCUUACUGUAAAAAGACUAAAAACAUAAAUUCUUUGUAUGUUCAGUGGUAUUACCUCUCACUGAUGAAAGCCUCCAGCCCCCUUUAACCCCAAAUGUGCUAAGUGGUUUAGAUGUUGGCUCCUGUCCUCUUCUGCAUGCGUUUGCUGCCAGUGUAGUUUAGAGUGUGUGCGUGUGCAGGUAUAUACUGUCCUGACAGUGUGUGUUUUCUCCUCAGCCUCUAGAGUAUUCUAGUUAUCGCAGCUCCGGCUCCAGAGCCUCCUCCAGGGCCAGCUCGGCUCGCACAAGCCCAGUGGUGAGCUUUCGAUCCGUGCUAAUGGAUUAUUCCACGAGCUCAUGUGAACUUAGUCUGAGGAAGUAGCUUAAAAAGUAUUAAAGGUGGGGUAGGCAAGAUCUGAGGAAGUGUCAGUUUUGGGGAGAUAUCUUGAAUGUAAACUCUACCCCUCCAAACCAGUUUUCCCCUCAGCUCCUCUUCUCCCCUCAAGCCCCGCCCACAAACAGACGCUCCUGCUCGCUCGUAUCGUUCCAAUUAAAUUUAGACAUAAUGCAGAUAAAUACUUCAGAUAAUUAUAAAUGGGGCCCAGUCAGUUCCUGACUGUUUUACAUACUUGAUUCUGAUUGGUCAAAGCCCCUCUGCAAUGGUUUUUAUUAAUUCUGAACAGCGAAAGUGACACAACAUUGACAGCCUGGUCACACAUUACAAAUAUCAAACUGUUCAUUUGACCUCUUCCUGGUAAAAAAAAACGUUUCUUUCAUGAAGCACCGAAAGUUGACAUUUCUUACAUAUUUUUAACAUUACUCUCAAUUUUUUUUAAGAUAAUAUUAAAAUCAUAAAACAGACUUCAGAUUGGAGGUUAAUGUUGGACCAGCUAAGAGCAUGAAACAGUGAAGGCCAUUUAAAUAAAGGAGCUGAGUGAGAGAGACUUCAGACGAAUUAAAGAAAGCGAACAUGAAGCAGACAAGAGUCACAACACAGUAUAAGUUAUCUUGUUUGUAUAUUAAGUAAAGGGUGAGACAAGACUCCUCAACUGUCCAUCAGGAUUGUAUUUUUAACCCUCAGUUAAUCAUGUCUUCAUUUUAGUUUAUAUACACGUCAUAACUCGUUUAUUUAGUUGAUCUAAUUUUAUCACAGAUUUUAGGAUUUAAUGAACCUGUAAUUGAUGUAUAAUUACAGACACUUUUGACUGAACGUCACUUUUCUCCUGAUUUAUUGUUUUUAAACCUUAAAAACAACAUGAUUGUCUGUCUUUAAACCCAUGAAGUUGUGGCUGAAUCCUGCAUUCAUUCAGACUGUUUCAUCUGGUUCUUCGUUGUUCUGUUACGCCCCCUGGUGGCUGAUGUAGGACAACUGCGGCUCUGUAGCCAGUUUUCUGAGGAGUGCGGCCAGUAGCAGCGGCCUCCCCAGGGACCUGGACGAUGUUACUAUUCCUGACUUUUCUGACGUGAGUCGCUUUGCACGCGGUGGAGGACGAGGCCGUGAAGUGAGCUGAGUUUCUGCUUGGUUUGCUUUCUGUUUUUUUAUACCUUGUUCUUUAUUUUUGGACGUCACGUAACAAGGAGGGCUGAAUAAAAGCUUUCUGUACCACUACCAGUGUGUGUCUGCGUCCGUCUGGAGUGGAGUUUGUGGUGUAUUUCUAACACACUCAGAUUUAUUUUUGGCCUGUUUUAUAGUUUGUGGUUUUGAUUUCUGAAAAGGUUUAAAUACUUGACUCUCUAAGUGUUUGCAUGGUGUUGAUUUCGACACGAAGACGACCUGUUCAUGAGUAGAAAUGAUAGCACUUGUAAGUGUUGGGUUAUUCUCUCUCUUGGCUCGUUUUUAUCGGUAGAUCAGAAUGAGUCUUCACCGAGUUUGAAGAGUUUGAAGCAUGCUUUCUCCUCCCGUCACUUUAUCUCCUUGUCUCUGUUUCGUCUGACAGUGUUUUUUUGUCUCAACAGGUGGAGGACAGAGAUUAUCUGGAGAAGGUGAGACAAACAUGAACUCAACCUUUUUGUAAAAUGGAAAAAGUUUCAGAUUAACUUCUGCUGUAAACUUUAAUUCCUGAAACAUGAACCCUGUCUUUAAAAGCUAUUAGAGCUCUUUCAAGAGCAUACAAGUAAAACCUUUUCUUAUUUUCCUUUUGAAGGGAUCUCGAGCAGCUUCGGCCUUAACAGCAGCAACCCUGACCUCAGUAGGCGGGUCCUCUUCACGGAGAGGAAGCGGGGAGACGUCCAUAACAGUGGAAGCUGAGACCUCUAUACGAGACAUCAAGGUAACGCUGAACAGAUCAUUUUGGUUUGACCACGAGGUAUCUCACAAGAUUCUGAAAUGAAAAUCUGAACUUAAAUCAUAAUCCAUUCACUUAAGAAAACAGACAUCUAACUUUGAUGCAGGACGCUUUUAUACCUCUUCUGAAAAAUACUCCUCCGUGAAUUUCUUUGCCUUUCAUUUCCUCUGCAAACACCUCUCUUACCGCUGUCAUCACCUGCUCUCCAAACACCACGUGUCGCCUUUUCUGACGCCGUCACGCUGCUUCUCUCUGCUCACUGCUUCACUCUUCAUCAGGAGAUUCAUGAGCUGAAGGAUCAGAUUCAGGAUGUGGAAACCAAGUACACGCAGAACCUUAAAGAAAUCAAGGUACCGGCCUUUGAACCUGAACAGAAAUCCAGGUUAUUAUUACUAAUCUGUUUGGUGUGUCUAACCACCAUCGGCCAAUGGAGAGUCGUAAAUAUGCAGGAAUGAGUGAAAACAAAUAAGUAAUAAAUGACCCAAAGGACAAGACAGAUAGAUGAGUCAAACUUGCUGUAAUUCAUACGUUUUUGAUCAUGUGUAAAUUUGGAUCUUGCUUGCAAAGUUUUCAUCUUGUGAAUUUCUUUACAAAAGCUUUUACCUUCAGCUGUUUUCUUGCAUCGUCUGCAUUUUUUUGCACGCUGCAUCCAUCACCCUUGUUUUUUAUUUUCAUUACUAUCACUAACAGUUUGUUACCCAUCAUAAUAUCCCUGUAUUCUCUCUCUGUUACAAUAACAGGACUCGUUAGCUGAGGUGGAGGAGAAAUACCGUAAGGCUAUGGUAUCCAAUGCCCAGCUGGAUAAUGAGAAAAACAACUUGAUGUACCAGGUGGACACACUCAAGGACUCUCUCAUGGAGCUGGAGGAGCUACUGUCCGAGUCUCGCCGGGAAUACGAUGAGAAAGUGAAGGUGCAGAGUUACACCGUUUAAAAGUUUCCUCUUUUUAAAGCUUUUUAAAAAGAUUUAUUUCAGUGUUCUUGAAGGAAGUGGUUCUCUUUGUCCUCGCAGGAAUACGAGCGAGAGAAACACGCCCACUCUGUGCUUCAGUUCCAGUACAACGAAAUGAAAGAGACGCUGAAACAAAGUGAAGAGUUGCUAAACGUGAGUAUAACUCCCUGAUGUGAGCCGGUGCAAAAAUAGACGAUACUCUGGAUUUAAAAGAUAGUUGUUAAGAGCAGGAAAUCACAGCGUUUUACUCCGGGUUCAUUUCACAUCUUCCUGCUUCCUUACUCGACACAGAUGCUUUCACUUCUUUUCUUAUUGCUUCUUUUUCUCCUCAUUUUUAAACCUUUAUUUCCUUUUUCCUGCUAUUUAGGAGAUCCGCCAGCUGCGUUUAAAGCAGGAGGGUUUUUUUAGAGAAAUAUCUGACCUGCAGGAGACCGUGGAGUGGAAGGAUAAAAAAAUUGGGGUAUGAUCCCUGAUCCAGCAGUUUUGUUACAGCAAAUAGCACGAGCUUCAAAUCCUUCUUUGCACUAAACUUAAUUCAAGCUUUUACUUUCCUUUCUUUUCACCUCUUGUGCACCACUUCUCGCUCUCUGCCACUGGGGGGCUCUGCUCAGGCCUUAGAGCGACAGAAAGAAUACACAGAUGCAAUCCGCAUCGAGCGAGAUGAGCUCAGAGAGGAGGUGGUCAAGCUGAAAGACAUUCUGAAGGUAUUCAGGCAGCGUGUGAAUCUUUAUAUCAUCCUGCUGUGUGGAGGGCAAACUUUAAACAUGUCAGAGAGUAAAGUUGUUGUCUCACUUGUUAUGUUUUAGUUUAUGAAACUUUUUAAUUUCUAAAAACCCACUUUUAUGUGGACAUUUUCUCACUGUGUGUUUUCUCUGAAGCUAAUUCUUGAUCCUCUAUUUCGUCCAGAAACAUGGAAUAGUUUUGGGACCUGAUCUUAACGUCAACGGAGACUCUGUUGAGACACAAGCCGACAGCUCCCCCAGUGAAGAUCCUUCUUCUCCGUCCGCUCAGGAGUCACAGACCGCUCCCACAGAGGGGAACAGCAUGCUCGGUAAAACUCAAAACUUAAAUAAAGAAAAACUUCUACCUGCACAGCUUUGCACUAAACUGUACAGAGACUCUCAUUCCAAAAUCCUUCACUGAUUAAACAACACUUAAUGUAUAAAAGUUAGUUUUUUUCCAGGUUGUAACACAAAUUUUUAAAGCGCUUAUGUCUGAUUUUGGAGUGAAGUCUUCAUGUACAGUUGUUGUGCUCCCAAACCAUCCAGUAUCUCUUUAAAUCUGAUUUAUACUGACCUGAAAGGAUAACUCUGGUGAUAUUUUACAUUUUAAUUAAGUCGCUGAAAGUAUCUCACUUAGCCUCUGAUGCCGUCUUAUUUUUAUGGGCUACAAGGAGAAUAAGGUUUCAGCCGUGCUCCUAUUACAGGGUUCCUACACAAGUAUGGAAAAGUAUGGAAGUAGUUUGAUCAAUUCCCAGGUCUCAAAAAGCAUGAAAAAUAAGGAAUAAGGAAUUGGAAGUAUAUUUAUAUUUCUAGACUAUUACCGUUGUUCAGAAAUUGGUAUUUCCAAAACUAAUUCUAAAAAGUAGAGUAUGGAAAAAUAUAGAAAUUCCAAUCGUGUAGGAACCCUGGUAUUAUCGCCACACUGCCGCCUACCUAUGACAGUCAUUAAACUCGGAUUAUGGUAACAUUGACAAUAAUGAGGACCCACUGCUCACCAAUUCACUACCAACUCAAAGUAAAGCCCUUAGCAAUCAUUUACUCACCUUUUAGGUAAAAUACAGUAAUGCAGUUUUAGUACUUUCUCUAAAAUCACGAGAUAAAGAGAAACUGUAACUGAACACCAGCGUUAUCCUCUGAUAACAGCAGUAACUAACCUUCAUCUAACUCAUGAACUUUGCAUAUCACGGCUUUGUUUCCAUCACUAACAUUUCAGCUUUGGUGCUGUUUCCUUUUGCACGUUUUCAUUAUUCUAGUGAAUGCAAAUUGGCGCUGACUCUUGACUAACCUCGCUUCGACUUAUGCAGAUGAUGUGGGGGGUGUAAAUGAUUUAAGAAAUGAUCAGCAGCAGCAGAUUUGUGUAGCAUAAGAACAUUUAUUUGGGUUAUUGAGAUUUUCUGAUGUACAUCUUUGAGCUGCUGGCUUCAGGCUUCUUGUUUCGUUGUUUCAAUGAUGUGAAGAUCAAGAAUUUCCCUCUGAUGAUCCUCGCCACUUUCUCCUCCUUUCGCUUCUGGUCAUCUUGGACCCGCGCUUCUCUUUCUGGCCAACGAAUCAAUCGGAGUUCUGCCUCCUCUUGAAUCCUGCUGAUGCUUUCCUUUAGGAAGCUUGCAGUAUGAAAAUCUUGUCUUAAGUCAACCCUGUUUGGCGCUCCAUCACCCUGUGCUCUCCAUGAUCUCUCAGGCAACACAAAGGAGCAGCAUCAAGACGUGUCUGAGAAGGUCAAAGAGAGACCCUCGGGCUCUGAGACCAUCAGUAAUGUCGCUGAAGAACAGAAGACAAACGUAGCUGCGAAAGAGGACAGUGGCCAAAGUUCAAUCCCAAAGGUUAAAGAGAUGUUUGUCCGAAGCAACAGUUUGGAGAAAAUAGUUGAAGAAACAGAAACGGCAGAGGGGGAAGGUUUGGUGGAGGGUGGAAGGACAUCAAAUCAAGAUUUAGGGGAGACAGGCGACACUUGUGAAGAGACAAAACAACCCCAGAGUGAUGUCGGGGAAGACGUGAAAGAAAGUUUACCAAGCGUGUCCGCCAAAGCUCAAGAGGAAACCGAGACUUCCAAGACGGAAGAGAUCGAUAAAGACAAAGACAGUAAAUCUCAGGGCACCCCUGCAUCUGGGAAAAAGAAGAAAAAGAAAAAAAAAGGCAAAAAAAAAGCCGGAACAAAUGAGGAAGGAAACCAACAAAAGGAUGGAGCUGGUAAAGAAAAGGGCAAAACCGAAACAGGACCGCAGUCAGCUUCAUUAGAAGGAACUAUCAACGCCAGGUUCUGCUGUUGGCCCGUCACUGAAACCCUGAAGGAACUCAAGGGUAACCAAGUCAAAAAUAAACAGGACAAGCCAAAAGGUAAAGAAGUAGGAGCAGUAGAAGCAGAGAAAGCCUCAAAAUCUGUAGAUCUCAAUGAAAACGUCAAAGAGUCUCAAAUGGAUCAAGUUACAGACGAGAAUAGCAAAGAACAAACUUUGGAAACUGAGACGGCGGGAGAGGUAGAAGUCCUGGCUCCGGUCGGGACUAUUGGAGAACUGCAGGAGUUUAUGGAUGAAGAAUUUUACGAGUUUAUUGACAAAAGGAGCAAAGAACAAAUUUUGAAAACUGAACCAGCGAAAGUAGAGGAGGCACCUGCAACCGUUGAAACCUUCCCUCAAGUCGAAACAGAUCUCAAAAAAGACGACGAGGAGCAGAAAUUGGAGGAGGCAGCGGUAGAAGUGGUGGGAUUUAUAACAAGUCCUCCUCCAGAAGACAGUCUGAGUGCUCCUGAUUCAAUGAAUGGUUCAAGUGAUGCUGAGCUCACCGAGGAGGUCGCCAAAGUCUGUGCUUCAAAAGAAGAAAACACUGAAACGGAUGAUGUUACAGAAGAGCUCCUUAAAGAACAAACCACAGAAACAGAGAACGUAAAAGAAGUAGAAGAAGUAGAAACAACAGCAACCCCUACCAGUGAAUCUCCUGCUGAAGUUCAAGACAAUCACGUUACAAAAGAACAGAAAGACAAAGGAACUCUUGACACUGAAACGGCAGAAGCAGCAGAGGUCACACCGCCUGCUGAAACCCUUUCUCAUGUCAAUAAUCUCCAGGAAUCCAAAACGGACUCACCAAAGGAUGAACCCGACAAGGAAGUCCCUCUGGAGACCGCAGAGGUUGAAGAAGAAUCCACAACGAAUCCCGGCUCAGAAACCAACUUCAGUGCUUCUGAUUUUGAAGACUCCAUCGACACUGAGAGCUCCGGGUAUCCUGCUAACAGAUGCACUUCAAGCGAAGAUAACAGUGAUAUGGACAACUCGACCAACAGCAGCGUCAUCCAGUCAGAGCUUGUUGAUAGUUCAGAGAGCGAAUCAGGGUCCAUCACCGAGAUGAAAGCCGAAUGCACCACCCACAACCCCCGAUACGGCUUUGAAACCAUCUACGAGGAGCCGAGCCAAGGGGACGGUCUGGAGGAAUCUCAGUCCACACACAGUCCCGAGAGUUCCUUCAUGUACUCGACCUCCACUGACGGUCUGUCUGAUUGUCAACAGAGCCUGUCUGGUUCAGAACAGCCUCCAGAACUGAUACCAGAACAUGUGGACGUGGAUACAUGCAGCGAAAACACUCUUAUCGAGGUUUCUGAAAGAGGUUCAGAAGAGGAAACAGAGACAGUCAUAGAUCUUGGAGAGUCGAGAGCAGAACUGCCACCAGAACCUGCAAACGUGGAAAACGGAAGUGUAAAAUCUUCUACUGAACUUCCCGAAAGAGACUCUGAGGAAGUAACAGAGAAGGACAAAGAUCAAGAGGAACCAAGACCGGAGACAGCAAAUAUGGACUCAGGAAGUAUAAAAGCAACCAUCAAACCUUCUGAAAGAGAUUCAGAGGAGGUAACAGAGAAAGACAAAGAUCAAGAGGAGCCAAGACCAGAGACGACAAACAUGAGCUCAGACAGUAACCUCACUCCCACUGAGAUUUCUGAAAGAUGUUCAGAAGAGGAGACUGAGGGGGACAAAGAUCAAGAGGAGCCAAGAUCAGAGCCGGCAGACGUGAACUCGAGCAGCGAUAAUCCUCCCACUGAGACUUCUGAAAGAGGUCUGGAGGAGAAAUCUGACACAGUUAAAGAUCCUGAGGAGCAACCAGAUCCUGCAGACGUCGACUCAGGCGGUGACAACAUCCCCAUCAUCGUGGUUUCUAUAGAGGAGGAAACUAAGACAGUCAUGGACGGAGAGGAACCAAAAGCAGAGACUGUACAAGAACCUUCUCCUCCUGUUCUUGAUGCCGAUCAUUCAGAGUCAGUCCAGGACAGGACGGACGAGAAGCUGAACGGAGACUUGGGACAACCUGAAGGUUCGGUUGAACCAGACAGCUCUUCACAUGACAAAACCAGUGAUGCAUCUGACUCUGAAAAGAGUGCUGUAGAGGCUGUGGUCCAGUCCAACCAUGAGGUAGAAACACAGACUUUACAGACUGAUGAACCACAUGCUGGACCGUCCUGUGAGACAGUCGAGUCCAGCAUGAUCGAGGUUUUAGAUGCACCAGAUUCUGAGAAGGAAGGUGAUGAAAUCAGUCUCUCCAACAAUCAGGACCAAAGCACCGAAGGAUCCGUCCCUGAAGACCUUCCAGGACAAACAGACAGUCAAACUGAGGCGGCAGAUCAGACACAUUUUCUCCUUUUGAAGCAUCGGCAGGAACCCUUGAAAGACCGGUCUGAGACAGUGGACAGUGAUGAGGAGAACAGUAUUGAUGAAGAGGGACAGUCUUUUGAUUUCGAUGAUCUAGAUAUAGACGAUGCCAUCGCAGCGAAUGUGCAUGAUGACCCCAAACAGAUAGCGAUCAUGGAGGGGGUUGAAGUCAUGUCGAGAGAAAGCAAGAGCAGUCUUGACUUGACCCAGAGUAACGCCGAGUCACUAGAAAUUAUUGAAGACAGAACAGGCGAAGGUCAUGACAGGCUUUCAGUCGAUGGUAGUCAACUCCAUCCAGAAUCCGACGCAAUCAGCCAAGACACCCUAAACUCCUGGGCUCACGGGGAUACCUCCUCUGAAAAUCUAGUUGAGGAUCAGGCGAAUAUUCUAGAGGAGGUGGGAGUUACAGAGGACCCCGGGGCUGUUAAAGAGGAGAGGAAAGCUUUAAAAGUUUCACAGAAAUCAAAGAAAGCCAAAUCCCCACCUUUAGAGGAGGGUUUAGACCCGCUGAACAACGACGACUCAGUGUCACUCAAGAGCUGGGACGUAGUGUCGAGCAACACAGAGACGCUGCCGUCAGGGAGGAGUUCAAGGAAGGGCAGCAAGAAGAGUAAAGGCAAGAGUAAAGAGGACUGUAAGAUGUCGUAGUUUAGAUUUAUAUCACUUUAAUCUGCCGUCUUAUCUGCUAUAGUAUGUGCAAAAACCCUCACAGCACUUUCUUCAAUGAGAAUUGGUGUAAGUUUGUAAAUAAUCCUGAUUAGAUCAAACAGUUUCAGAUCCAAAGGUUAGUUUAUUAUUCGAAAAAGAGGAAGAAAUAGAGACGUAGAGAUGAGAAUGUAAACGUCCUGAUAUCAGAUUUAUGUUUCUGAAAAUACUGCACUCGCUCUUUUUCGUUUUUGAUGCACAUUUAUUAUUAUGCUGCUUGUCAUUUUUGAUGAAUACUGUUGAUCUACAACGGUAAGAAAAACAUCACCCAGUUCUGUUCGCAUUACAGACAAAUACAAUAAAAAUGAUUACUGUAAAGUCUGGAAUAUACAUUGCACUGUUAUGUAACAGAAAGGGGUGUCUAAUGAGGAAAGGUCCGAAAUGUUAUCCUGACGUCAACAAAGUCUGCAAUGUUAAGAUUCUGUGCAACUGUGGAGCUUUUUCUAGACUUCUCUGUUAGGCAAACUUCUGUAGAGCAGUUGAGUUCAGUGGUAGCGUUGAUAGUUUUGAGGUAUGUACAAGACACUCUGCAAGUCGUCUACCAAGUCUUCGAGUAUUUCCAGUUAAAUCAGCCCUCUCUUCAUUUUAUACUGGUAUACUGUAUGUUGUUAGGAGGCAGACAAAAAAAGAAAUAAGAGGUGCUCCUAUACACGAGAAUUUGCGGUAAACUUUUAUCAAUACUUGCAGACGAGCUCUUCCAUGUUGUUGCUGUUACGAUAUUGAGUUUUCAAAGCCUGAAGACCUUCUUCUGCUCCCUUUCUCUUUUCAUUUAGAGUCAUGAUCUCACAGGUUUUCAGUCCAGUAACGUCAAGUGACCGUCUGUUGGCGCUUAAGUUUACAGGAAAGCCAGUUCAUUUUCUGAUAUUGUGACCAAUUGUGUAAAUUUUUCCUGCCAAAUACAAACAAAUCUGAGAUCUUCAAGAUUGCUGCUUAAACAAAUCUCCUUUCACACGAUUCCUCUGCACAGAUAAAUGUCUCGUACAUGUUUGUUUUUUUGUUGCACUUGAUGGAGAGAUGAACUCUGAAAUUCCAAUAAAGUUCCUCCUCUAACUUGAGUGUCGUACAUGUCAGCCUUUGUUAGAAAUGUUCCCGUCAUCUCCUCAGACUUUAGUGUGCACCCGUAUGUCGUGGAUUUAGUCCUCCUGGCUGUGUGCUCUUGCAUCAGAACCUCUUAUCCACAGUUUGUGCGUACUAACACCCCCCCUCACACCCUCCUCCAUCACUCCCCCACACGGAUGCCUCCUCUGUUGCAUGCACCAUCCUCCCACCCUGACCCAGCCACCCUCCCACCGUCACCUUGGCUCCUCCCACCCUGACCCUGGUAUGUUAUCUUACUUUUUCCUUUCAAAGAUGGACGGUAACAUAUCAUCGCUGUAGUCUGAACUGGUGUUUUAUUUCGGCAUGGUGAAGCAUGAAUUCAAAAUGAUAAUGAGUGAGUUUGCUCUCAGACGUCUGCUUUUUGUUUUCAGAGAUCCGUCUGAGGAAAUUGGUGGAUGAGCGUGAAAAAAUGAUAGAGCAGGUGCGUCAGUGGGUCAUCCGUUAUAUUAUUAGUAAAAUUUAAAGGUUUAUUGCCACUGAUCGUUACUGUCCUCUGGCUCCAUCUACAGGUGAAGAAACUCAAGGCCCAGCUGGAUGAGAAAACACAGAAAAAUGGCACAGACAACAAUGUGAGCCCAGACGGUGAAAUCCUUGAAAACGGCAAUGACCCAAACAUCUUAGAGCUGCAGCGUAAGUGACAAACACGUCAAACCAGCUGGUGUUUUUACUUUAAACUUUAACCGUCUUCAUAAAUUUAAGAUUCGGUUUAUCUUCGCAGGAGAUUCAAGCCGGCAAAUAAGUGACUUAAAGUUCAAACUUGCGAAAGCAGAGCAAGAAGUCACGGCUUUGGAACAAAACGUAAGCUGAGAAGAAGCUUUAGACUCAUUCAUGAUCUAAAAACAAGGAUUAUUCACUCCUUAAACUGAAUUAUUUUGGUUUUUAAUCUUCAGGUGACCAGACUCGAGGGUCAGGUGACGCGUUACAAGUCUUCUGCAGAGAACGCAGAGAAAGUGGAGGAUGAACUCAAGGCGGAGAAACGGAAACUACAAAGAGAGGUGGACUUUGGUUUCUUUACACCGCAUGAAAUAUAAUCCAUCUUAUUGAUCAGGCUCAUUUUUAACUACAUCAUAUUUUUUGAAUCAACAGCUGCGGUCAGCACUGGACAAAGUGGAUGAGCUGGAGUCGAACAACAGCCACCUCUCGAAAAGACUGGAGAAGAUCAAGUCGACUCGCCGCAUGGCACAGACUCCAUAA